GUUAGACUUCUCAGCUGCUUCGACGUGGUGUGUGGUUAUGAGGCCGCAGUUAAAAGUGAAAGUGAGGGAUCUGUAGCGUUCUGGAAAGUGAAAGUGACAUGAAUAAGGCUAAUCUGUACCAGCAAGCGAACGGGGUGCAGCGACGAGAUGCGAUGGAGAUUCUGAAGGAAUAUGCGCCACUGAUUGGCAGCAGUCAGCAGACGGCGGGUGACCCCGGGACCACUUCACUGCUCGACAUCGGCUGUGGAAGUGGCGAUGUGCUGGUGGAUUACGUACUACCCGUACUGUGCCGUGGAUCAGCUUCCGGAGCACCCGGGAAAGUGAUGGCCACCGAUGUGUCGGAGCAGAUGGUGCGUUAUGCUCGGGAAUCGUACAAACAUCUCGACACCGUGUCGUUCGAACGGUUGGAUAUUGGGGCGAAAAUGGAUGCCCCAACGCUGGCCCAGUACGGUCAGUUUAGCCAUGUGACAUCGUUCUAUUGUUUGCAUUGGGUGCAGAAUCAGUUCAAUGCGUUCUCGAACAUCUACAAUCUGCUGAAACCGGGCGGUGAUUGUCUGCUGGUGUUUCUGGCCAACAAUCCCAUCUUUGACAUCUACAACCAACUGUCUCGAUCGCCCAAGUGGACCAAGUACAUGUACGAUGUGGAGAAGUACAUCUCGCCCUACCAGUACUGCGAAAAUCCGGCCGGCGAAAUAGAGGAUCUGCUGUGCACGGUGGGCUUCGAGCACUACCAGAUACAAGUGCGCGAUAAGCUGUACGUCUACGAGGGACUAGACAAUCUAAAGCGAGCUGUGCUGGCGGUGAAUCCAUUCAGCGAGCGUAUGCCACUCGAUCUGCAGGACAAGUUUCUGGUGGACUAUAUAGCCGUGGUGCGGCAGAUGUACCUCUCCAAGGAGUGCAACAAUGAGAACGAGUGCAAUCUGCAGUUCAUCUCACCGUAUAAGCUGGUGAUUGUGUAUGCCAAGAAGUAGUGGCACAGAUGUCUUAUAUGAUACCACGAGCGUACAUCGUGGAAACUACCUCCCAUUGGCAUAAGCACUUAUCUUUAGCAUAAUGCAGCAUAGUUAUAUCGAGGUUGAUUAAAGGAGGGAACGAACAUGGGAUUAUAGGGAUUGUAAUGGAACUUGUGUUGUGGUUUUACGGUAGAAAAAAUUUGCAGAAGCAUGAAUGGUUAACAAUAUACAGCAUGACAAUAAAUGAGACAGUAGAAUUUUUAACAAUUCGGUGAUCUUCUAGACCGAAACG